AUGAGAAAUAAUUCUGCACCUACUGAUCAAGAGACUCUGCGAACACUUGAUGGUAAAAUGAAAAAACUUCAGAAUGAUGGAUUGGGUGAGACUGAACAAGCUUCUUCACUUAGUACUGAAGAAAUCAUCCAUAUACUUGACCAUAAAACAAUGCAACCUAAUACUAAUGAAGGUUUAACACGAAGAAAAUCCUGA